AUGUCUCUUUCAGUAACUCUAGAAACGCCUGCAGCGGGCAAAUACGAGCAACCCACAGGACUCUUCAUCAACAACGAGUUCGUCAAGGGCCAGGAUGGCAAGACGUUCGAGACCAUCAAUCCUUCUACCGAGAAACCCAUCUGCGAAGUUCACGAAGCCACAGAAAAAGAUGUCGACCACGCCGUCUCCGUUGCCCGCAAGACCUUCGAGACGUCCUGGAGGCUUGUCACCGCAGAGCAGCGAGGAAGAUAUCUCGUGAAGCUCGCAGAUCUGUUCGAAGAGAACCUCGACCUCCUCGCAUCCAUCGAAUCGCUAGACAAUGGCAAAGCGCUCAGCAUGGCCAAGGUCGAUAUCGGGAUGUGCGCCGGAUGCCUCAGAUAUUACGGCGGCUGGGCAGAUAAGAUCCACGGCAAAGUCAUUGAGACGAACCCUGAGACUUUCAACUAUACCAAGCAGGAACCUAUCGGUGUCUGUGCGCAAAUCAUCCCAUGGAACUUCCCCCUCCUUAUGUGGUCCUGGAAGAUUGGCCCUGCCAUCGCCUGCGGUAACGUCGUCAUUCUCAAGUCCGCCGAACAAACCCCGCUCGGCGCUCUCUAUGCCGCCAAGCUCGUCAAGGAAGCUGGUUUCCCACCUGGUGUGAUCAACAUCCUCUCCGGCUUCGGCAAGGUCGCAGGUGCUGCCCUCUCAGCGCACAUGGACGUUGACAAGAUCGCUUUCACCGGGUCUACCGUUGUUGGCCGACAAAUCAUGAAAGCGGCUGCUGGCUCGAAUUUGAAGAAGGUUACUUUGGAGCUUGGUGGCAAGAGCCCAAACAUCGUGUUCAACGAUGCCGAUAUCGAAAACGCUAUUUCGUGGGUCAACUUCGGUAUUUUCUUUAACCACGGCCAGUGCUGCUGUGCUGGAUCCAGGAUAUACGUUCAAGAGGGUGUCUACGACAAGUUCGUCGAGUCUUUCAAGGCCAGGGCAAAGAAGAACGUUGUUGGUGACCCCUUCGGUGCGGACACGUUCCAGGGUCCUCAGGUUUCCCAGCUGCAAUAUGAUCGUAUCAUGGGAUACAUUGAUGCCGGUAAGAAAGAGGGGGCCAAAGUCGAAACCGGCGGCGAGCGCCAUGGCAAAGAGGGCUACUUCAUCCAACCAACCAUCUUCUCCGGCGUCUCUGAAGACAUGAAGAUAAUGCAAGAAGAGAUCUUUGGUCCCGUCUGCUCAAUCGCCAAGUUCAAGACCGAAGACGAUGCCAUCCGUCUCGGCAACGCCACAACCUACGGUCUCGCCUCCGCCGUCCACACAUCCAACCUCAACACCGCGAUCAGAGUCAGCAAUGCCUUGAGAGCCGGAACCGUCUGGGUGAACCAGUACAACAUGCUACAUCACACCCUACCAUUCGGUGGCUACAAGGAGAGUGGGAUUGGCCGAGAGCUGGGUGAGGCCGCCUUGGCGAAUUAUAGCCAGACGAAGACGGUGUCGAUUCGUCUUGGUGAUGCUCUUUUCGGUUAA